UGGCCGCGCGGGCCGGGGCGGGGGGCGCGCCCUGCGGCACUGCCGGUCUCCGCGGCGCUGCGCGCGCCUCCCGGGCGGAUUCGGGCCCCGAGCGCCGGAGCGCGGCGGCGAGCGACGACUUCCUGCUAAUGUGCACCCUGGGAGACAGCAGCUCAACUACUUGGGUCCCUGCCACCCAAGUGGGAGACCAGACACAGUUCCUGGCCCCUGGCUCCAGCCGGCCCAGCCCUGGCUUUUGUAGCUGUGUGGGGAGUAAACCAGCAGAUAGAAGAUGUCUCUGUCUCUCUCUCCUGCCUUGCAAAUAAAAUGAGCUCUCAUACAUUACUCCUCAGAUGAGCAAAGAUGAGGAAGACUGAAACCCUGAGUGUUUACAGUUCUGGAGAAUGGCUGCUCCGUGCUCCUGGAAGGAGUGUAAACUGAUGGGUUAUAGAGCACAGUCUGGCAGCGCAUAUGAAAACUGAAAACGUGGUUACCCUUUUCCAUAGCAACUUUACUCCCAGGAGCUUAUUCCAAGGAAAUCAUUGUGUAGAUGCCAAAGGGAUUUCUGUCUGGCCGAGCACACAGUUCCGGAUACCGAGUCCAAGGAUGAACGUUCAGCGCAGCGGUGACAGCGACAGGUCAUUGCGGCAAGAGGCUAGCUGCCUAGCGGAUGACACCUCAGCUGCUGCCCAAGAAAAAGAAACAAGUAGCCUGGCUUCCCCUGGUCUUCACAGUCUUCCUUAUCCCUUGGGUCCCAGAAAUGAAGAGCUUUCACUUGACCACGCCUCUCAGCCAGCAAAUGUGCAGCUCUCUCACAUAAUGCCACUUCCCGAAGACACCAAAGGCUCCUGCUGCCAAGGAUGUUUGGACCCGGAAGAGAGUACAACUUCACGCGGCCCAACGAGAAGGGAGAGUAUGAGAUCGCCGAAGGAAUCAGCGCGACCGUGUUUCGCACAGUGCUGGUGUGAGCUCAGUUGUCAGCAGGUUCUGAUGGAAAGCGUCAGGAUGGCCGGGGCCGCUUUGCCAUCUGCCAGUUCGGCCAGCUUGGUGAUCGCCCCGUUCUCCCUCCUCGUCUGCUUACAGGAUUAUUACAAAACUGGCAUCAUCAGCUGUCCUGAUGGCAUCUCCAUCCCAGACCUUAGGGACACAUGCGAUUAUCUCUGCAUCAACUUUGACUUCAACACCAUCCGCUGCCAAGACCUGAGUGCUUUGCUGCACGAGCUGUCUAACGACGGUGCUCACAAGCAGUUUGACCACUACCUCGAAGAACUGAUCCUGCCCAUCAUGGUGGGCUGCGCCAAGAAAGGGGAGCGGGAGUGCCACAUCGUCGUGCUGACGGACGAGGACUCUGUGGACUGGGACGAAGACCACCCCCCGCCCAUGGGGGAAGAAUAUUCCCAAAUUCUUUAUAGCUCCAAGCUGUACAGAUUCUUCAAAUAUAUUGAGAAUCGGGAUGUUGCUAAAACAGUGUUAAAGGAACGAGGCCUGAAAAAUAUUCGCAUUGGAAUUGAAGGCUACCCUACCUGUAAAGAGAAAAUCAAGAGACGACCCGGGGGGCGGUCCGAGGUGAUCUACAAUUACGUGCAGCGCCCCUUCAUCCAGAUGUCCUGGGAGAAGGAGGAGGGGAAGAGCCGCCACGUGGACUUCCAGUGUGUCCGGAGCAAGUCCCUCACGAACCUGGUGGCGGCCGGAGAGGACGUCCUGGAGGACCAGGAGGUCCUGAUGCACCACCCGCCCCAGGUCGACGAGCUCGACCGGCUGAAUGCCCCACUCUCUCACAUGGCUUCCAGUGACUUUCAGGACUGAGCCAGCUGUGGGCCCACCGCCGCCUGAGCUCCCGGCCUGCCCUGGGCAGAGACCCGCUUCUCCUGGCCUCUCCCGUCCCCGGCGGAGAUGAAGGAGCACUCACAUAGCUACUGGCCAGCUUGGCAGCCGCCCGGCUGAUCUAAAACAAUGGGGCCUGGCGCUGCUCACUGGGUCUGCGUAACCACAGAAGCAGAGGAGUCGGGACUCCGUGCAGUCCUCCCCUUUCUGCUCUGGUCUUGGCUUCUGCUGGUCGUGUUCCACGCCGGGCACACUGCCUAGCAGCAAGGGGACCAAACUUAAAGAUGACAGCCUCUGCCUUCUAAAGGCAGGCACUCGUGGGGUGCUCAGCGGAGCCACGGAGGACGCCCCCGGCUGCGUCCGCGGAGAACGUGGCUCUUAAUCACGAUGUCCCAGAGGGGAUUCUUCCGAGCUGGAGUCCUCGUGAGUGCCGCCAACAGUCCAGAGCCACACGACGGGCUCUCCGGCAGGAAGAGUAGGGGUGCAACUGUUUAUGAAACUUUUAGAUUCAGUUUUUCAGACUCAGUCUACGGGUGAUCAUUUGGAAAGCAGCUCAGCUACAGGAGCGCGGCCCCACAUCGGGCCAGCUGGGUCAUUCUGGCUCGGAAGCUGGUGCGAAGCCGCAGGUCUGGACACCCAAGGGCGGCCCGGUGCCGUGGGUGUGGCUCGGAGAGCUGAGCUAGGACUUAAAAGCUUUCAAGAUGAGUGCAGCAGUUUUGUUUUAUCAGGAGUUCCAGGGGCUGGGAGCCCCCUGAGCAGGCUGUCCAGCCGCCGGCUUGAACAGGGGAGGCUUCCCCGCAGCGGUGUGUUUCACCUGGGGAACUAGCCAGUUAGCCACUCACCUGGUAAGAAACCAGCACUCACGCCACGGGAAGGCUGGGCUGGGAGCAGACUGACCAGCUGUGGUGACUGUGGGUGGAGGCAGCCCGGGCACUCCCCGGCCGCCGUGCCUCGAGCUCUCCAUGGCUGUGAACAGCAGAGCUAAGCCUCAGCCUGGGGCUCCAGAGACUCCGGGGAGUAUCUCCCACCCUGUGGGAGAAGCUGACCCUCCAAUCACCCGCCUCAGCUGCACCCCUCACUGUGAAGAGACAGUUACCUGGAGUUCUUGGAGUAAAUUCCAUUCUUCCAGGAUACUGGAGGACAAGCUCCUUGAAUGGCCUGGCCCCAGGCCCCAAGGCAGCUGGGAAAGCCCCUCCCAGGCCCCGGGGGAGGGGGGGUUUCAGGGCUGCUCUGUGGGUGUGAGCAGGUCAGGGUGGACUCUGCUGUUGUCCCCUGGCAGCCGCGCCGCACGGCCAUCGAGGCUGGGGGAAGACUCGGGGUGUGUGUACCAGAAAGCAGCUGGCUCACGUUUGGGGUCAGAUUCGGCCGUUGUCCUCGCCGGCCCCGCGUUCCCGCCGGGGGCAGCUGGGCAGCCUCGGCCAGCGCUUCACGGUGCUUCCGGUGAGCCUCUCGGUGGAUUUUCAUUACCACCACAGAGGACGCCGAGCUGUCAUGUUUGUGUGCCCUGUGACACGUGUGACUUCGGUGCCGGCUUAGGUCUUGUUAAACUCUGCGUGUCCGCACACACAGCCGACACCUCGGUUAGUGCUUACUUGGUGAAAUGGGCUUGAACCCUUGCUCUGUGUCAGUUUCCUCAAGCUUUCUAGGACUUUACCCCCCGAAUUGGGUUAACAGGCUUUUGGCCCCAACCCUUGAGGUGACGUGUGUCUCCUGGCGCCACCCAGUGGUGGCGCCUGCAGGAAUAGCUGGGGCCACAGGUUCUUUCUAAAGGAGGAAAAUUUCUGCACCGACCUAGAGCUCAGCAUCACUGUAACUUGGAGGCGCCCUCAGCCAUGCCUUCCCCGUUCCUGGGGUCAGGACAUCCCAUAAUGGCGAGGCCUCAGUGGGCUGCAGUCAUCCCCGUACGAGCCAGUUCCUAGCCAGAUGGGCAAGAGGCAUUUCUCUCCACUCAGAGGUGGGAUUGGGUUUGGUGUUCUUUCUAAGUGCCUAAAUAAGCGAGCUAGGUUGUUCAUCCAGAAACACUUUGAUGAGAAAAUGGUUCUACCCAGGCUGUCGCUCAGAGCUCAUCUGAGUCGGGUCGAGAGUCUCACCACAUCAUGUAGUGCCAGUGAGGAAUCGUGUUGUGGGGCACAGGAGAGGAAGCAGUGUUAACACGUGUCGGGUUAUUUCAGGAUUUCUCCAAAGUCCAGGAAAAGAGAACAAUGACAGCAAAAUGUGUAAGGACGACAGAAAGCAGCUGCUAGAUUUACUGUGUGGUAGGCGACAGCCAGUACUAAUUUUAAACUAAAUUCCAAGAGUCCAGAGUGAUAGAGGAUGGAUACGGGUCUAUGCACGUAACUGUGGGAUCAAGCGUGGGCGGAGAUGUACUUGGAAAUAGUGCUCCAAAGCGUCUGAAAUCCAGUACCCAGAGCAAGGCUUCAACAAUCAUAAAGUUUUGUUUUAUCAAGUGUCAAUAGAACGUUACAAACCAAGGGACUUUGGCAGUCUGUUCAGUGCUACUUCUUGCCUCAUUUUGGAACUGUUCAAACGGGGAGCGGGAGCACAGCUGUGCUCUGGGCGGCCCCCUGCAGGGGAGCAUUUUCUCCUAAAGGCAAAAUGCCUGUAGGUUUUCUCUCUACGUUGUAUCCAUUUCGAAAGUUGCACUUGUUCACCUACCAGUGUUUACGAAAUCCUGCAUUUGGGAUUCUUUUCUAUAAUAAAAUAUUAUCAUUUGUG